AUGGCCUCUGGUCCGCCAGUUCAACUACCGUCACUCGCCAUCAGCGUCCUCAGCAACAUCCGCCACGCAGAUUUGUCUCGAAUAGAAGUGUAUUUUCUCUCGUCUUCGAGUCUGUCGGCGGCGUCACUUACUUCAGUCUGUGACGCUUUGACAGAGUCAUACGUACAUGAUGUAUUGUACGAUGAACAGGUGGAAGAUUAUCACCAAUUCCUCACACCUAUCCUGACACCUUUCGAAUCUGUUCAAGACUGUGUCGAAAGGCACUUUGAUGGUCUAGACAAGUGGCUUCUCGGGCACCCCAAGCCAGACGAGUCUUCAACCGUCUAUCCUCGCGGCAUCCUGGUCUUUGACAAGAAUGAGCAGGAGACACUACUCGUACACAUCGACCCUAUAAACAAGAAAUGGCAUAUAGGAUCCAUCUAUCUACCCAUGACAGAGCUCGGACUCGAACUCACCAGCCUCAUGAUGGGCGAUGAGUACAUGGGAGAUCUAUGCGCUAGAUACAAUGUUAAGGUGCCUCAAAACGACCCUGACGUCAAUGAAAACUACAUGGAGCACCAGAAGGACGAGACUGGCGCAUGGAAGAACAACCCACAACGUUUCGCUGUCUUUUCAACAGGAUGGAACCAUCCGCUUCCUGUACUAAGUAUGCUAGACGAUUCAUGGGUAGACGUACCACAUGGCCAUUCCCAUGUUGGCCUCUACUCUCUGACUGGAUCACAACCAUACCCUGCAGAUAUAGACAAAGUCAAAGAAAGAUUCCCGGCGUAUGUGGCCGCUGACCAGAGGGGCGAAAGGAGACAUGAAGGCAAAGGACCAUGUGCUUCCUGCAGGCCUUUGCACAAAACGAUCUUCAUCGACGUCGACAAUCCUGAACCGAUGACCAAGGGCGUGUUAGUGUGUACAAUGGACUGGAAUGCCAACACUGAUGGCAAAAGUGACGACCAGCUAGCCGACGUAGGAUUGAAGGCGAAGAUCGAAACAAAGAGAGUUGGUGUCGCGUUUGCGGUGGCCACAGCGAAGGCCAUGUCCUCAGAGCAGGCUGAUCAGAAAUCUCAAGACUGGCAGGAAAAGAUCUAG